AUUGCUAUCGUCCAAUAAUAGACCAUGCAGUAUAAUCAUAUGCAAAGUAUACCUAAACCGGAAAUAGGGACUGAGAAUCCCCACGUUCUUAUUCGGAAAUUCCUCUUAUAUUGACGAGAAAGUAAAAAUGAAAGUAGAACGAUGUUAUUUAAUUACUUAGUAUAGCAUAUUGGGACAGUUUAGGGAAAUCCUUCGGUUCGUCCUCUGAUUGGAAAGAGCAUUACAGCCAAGCGUUCACUGAUCCAGAAGGAUAAUACUGAGCUAACCAUGGCUACCCACAUAAGUAUAGGAAAUUUAUCGGGAGAUCACCAGUUUGAAAGACGUAUCGGACUACAAACGAACAAAUUAAGAACAAUCGGCGACCUUAAAGUAGCCCUAGUAGGUCCACUGGGUUUACCACGUGAUCGAUUUGACGUCAUCAAAAUGUCCGAAGCUCUACUGUGCAAUGAUGAAGAGUUACUGACCAGAAGUGUCUGGUCGUCCAAAAUUGUUCUGGUCAUUCAUCCGCCUUCUCGUCCUAUCUUUGACCAUCUGAUGACCACUGAAACAGACAUGGUUAAUGGGGAAUAUGAGGAUGACCAAAGGACCGUUAUGUCGUGUGGCCACGGUAUCGCGCCAGCUACCCUGUAUGAAUACUGUUGGAACCAACUUCAACAAGGGGAUCUGGAGUUCAAAUGUCCUGCCAUGGAUGAGUUCAGAGUUCGGGGCACUCAGACAACCUGUGGCGCCAUCUGGACUCUGUAUGAACUCACGGUAAAGGCACAGUUAUCUCAAGACGAGCGCAUCUUAUUUGAGAUGAAGCUUAGCAAGAAUAGCUUGAUCAAAAUGAAGGACGUUCAAGAAUGCCCGUUCUGCCGUUCGCUCGCUGUUCGUGAAAAUGUCAAAAACGACAGGGUCAGGUGCAUAAACUGUUGCCAAACAAAUCCGGAAAAUGCCGAAUUCUGUUGGCAAUGUCUGCGUCCAUGGUUAACCACGAACUCGAACUACUGCGGUAAUUUAUCGUGUUCCACUGCCAGUGGACCUAAAGCUACACAGGCAAUCUUGACAACGUGCGUUUCUAAGGUCAUGGGUGACUUCAAGAGAACUUCACCAACUGUCCGCGCAUGUCCAAGUUGUAGUGUUCUUGUUGAGCACACUUCCGGUUGUAAGCAGAUGACCUGUAAAUGCAAGCACAUAUUUUGCUUUAUUUGUUUGAGGCCCUGGAAACAGAAAGGCGUUAGCGGGGGAUGCGAUUACGGAAACAACUGUGACCCUGCAAAGUGUCAAACGAUAUAACGGCGCGUAUGAUAGACGGGAACGUUGUAAAUGCGAAACUUCCCAAAUAAAGCUUGGAGUUUCUUGUGUUAGUUUGUGCUAGAGUCUGUUUCAAUAUUAUACUACCUGACAACCUCUUUCCCUUAGGGCCCGGACAUAAACGAGAAAAUAAUGUUGUGUGAAUGCAUAGUUGUACCAGUAUGUUUGGCCCUCGUAGCGUGGUGGUAAACUAGUGAAUACCUACUUACCAAGAUAGCGAACACUUGUCACAAGACUUUGCUUAUAUACAAGUUUAUGGUACUCCUAUGACAAAGGACUUUGUAUUUAUGAUGUACGAUAUAGUUUGUUACUAUAUUGUUCACAGGAACUUGAGAAUUAAGACACUUUAUGUGAGGACCUGGUUUGUAGUGACUAGUAUAUUUAGAUGUUUUAUAUCGUUUCGUGGUGACACUUUAAUGAUAUUUUCAUAUCGGUGGAGAAGUUCAUACAUUCCGACACCGUGCUUUAUUUUAUUGUCAUGCCCCUGUGCUAUUUGUGUGUGAUCUUUCAUAGCUUUGAUAUGCUUAAUGUGUAUAAUAUGGUCCAUAUUUGUGGCCGACAUAUAUGCAUUUUCCGUCAUAUAAUCUUAUAUGUAGUAAACGUUGUAUUGUUUCUUCCGUUUUCAUUAUGUGUGUUGAAUUAAUAAUCUUGUCACGAAACGAAAAACCCCAGAAAUAUAUUCUAUUCAUAUCAAUUUUCAUGUCAAAACCAACGAAAUAAAACAACACUAAUAUAUGUAUGCAUUAUGAAAUUUACAUAAAUGUGUUUACUGUACUAAGAAAUAAAUAAAACCGUAAGAUAACUAUGCAUAUUUCUAACAUUUAUGAUAGUAUUGAACUCAGUUCCGUUUAAACAUAUUCCGUGAUGCUUGGUAAUAUAUAUUUAACGUACCAGAUUUGGUGUGUUUGUUUUUGUUUUUAUUUUGUU